GUUUCCUGACGUCAUAAACAACGAUCAGUCAGCGAGUGAGCGAGGCGAGAAAUGUCGGCGUGAGCCAAGACGAGAGUUGCAGUAAGUUCGGUGCGCGCACACACCAGUUCGCUGAACGGAUCUCGCGGUCGACGUUAAAAGAACAAUCCUCGUCGACACCGUCGUCGAGACACCGCGUCGCAUCCUCGUCGCGCCAGACGCACGUUUACGCACAGUGCACCAAGCAGAGCGACGCUCCGAGCGCAUUCGCCAGAAUGUCGACGCUGAAUCCAGGAAAACCGGAUUACACAGUGGGCGGCAAGUACAGGCUGAUUCGGAAAAUCGGCAGUGGUUCCUUCGGGGAUAUCUAUCUAGGCAUCAACAUCACUAAUGGCGAGGAAGUCGCAGUAAAGUUGGAAAACCUGCGCGCCAGACAUCCGCAACUUUUAUACGAAAGCAAACUGUACAAGAUUCUGCAUGGCGGUGUAGGAAUCCCACAUAUCAGAUAUUAUGGCCAGGAACGAGAAUAUAACGUGCUGGUCAUGGAUCUGUUGGGUCCAUCCCUGGAGGACCUUUUUAACUUUUGCUCGCGUCGUUUCACCAUCAAGACGGUGCUGAUGCUUGCCGACCAGAUGAUCAGCCGCAUCGAGUAUGUUCACUGUAAGUCCUUCAUCCAUCGCGACAUUAAGCCAGACAACUUCCUCAUGGGCAUCGGCCGCCAUUGCAACAAGCUGUUUCUCAUCGAUUUUGGGUUGGCUAAGAAAUUCAGAGAUGCUCGCACUAGAAUGCACAUAGCCUACCGCGAAGACAAGAAUCUGACUGGCACCGCGCGCUACGCCUCCAUUAAUGCUCAUUUGGGCAUUGAGCAGUCGCGUCGCGACGAUAUGGAGAGUUUAGGCUACGUCCUGAUGUACUUUAACCGCGGUUGUCUACCCUGGCAAGGCUUGAAAGCAGCAACAAAGAAACAGAAGUAUGAGAAGAUUAGCGAGAAGAAAAUGUCCACUCCCGUUGAAGUUUUAUGCAAAGGUUUCCCAGCCGAGUUUGCGAUGUAUCUGAACUACACCAGAGGUUUGCGCUUCGAAGAGGCACCAGAUUAUAUGUAUCUGCGUCAGCUGUUCCGCAUCCUCUUCCGCACCCUCAACCACCAGUAUGACUACACGUUUGACUGGACCAUGCUGAAGCAGAAGGCCAACAAUCAGACACCGCUCGGUACGUCGGCGCAGCCCCAGUCGUCGGCGGCCGUCGGCCAGCAACCCGGUGUAGAGAACAACAAACAACAAUAAUUACUUGUAAAUCAUCUUCGACAAAAAAACAGCAACUAAAUUACCAAGACGAGAUGUUCCAAGAUUAUAAGGAAUUGUGGUUUUUUUUUUGGCAAAAAUUUAUCUCGACCCACGCCUCGAAAAUAUUUAUUGAGAUUGGCGUCGGGAUGGAGUUUCUCCAAAUAGCUUUUUUUUUUCGAUAAUGUAUUAUAUAUUAUACUAUUUGCGAAAUGUUCUAAAUGUGUGAGGGGGAGGCAAUGAGACAUUUGGAAAUUUUUGUAAAUUCUCAUCGGCAGUGUGUGUGUUGGACUUUGAAGAAGAAUCAAACCGACAGAUGCAUUGUUGUUCGUAUUAUAAAUGUAUUUAUAGUUUUUUUUUUCUCACCUCUGUCAAGUACCACACACACUCCCAAAAACGAACACUCACAUAAGAUAGAGCAUAGCCAUACACGAGUAACCCACCAAUUGCGAUGCGCAAACAAAGAACCAAAAAAGCAGGGGCAAAUAGGCGGAUCGGUAAUCGAGCUACACGCAAUUCACGUUUGCAGUGAUUCGAGACGUCGACAGAAAGCUCAACUCGGCGAAAGCGACCGUACACUCGAAGCCGCACGUUUCUUCCACGGACGUGGUCAGACCUGUUAAAGGCCAUUAGAAACGCCAACAACAGAAAUUGCAUUCUCAAAAUGUCCCACCAUGCAAAUCCAGAAGUUCGUCAAACAAUUUCCGACCUCCAAUCAACAAGAUGUGUAACCACCAACCUCAACUGUUCCUCAUUCCUUACUGCAAUUUGUCGAGAAACUGAACGUCGCCAAAAAAAUUGAAAAUUGUCUACAAGUGGAAUUAUAUAUAAAUUUUUGCGUGCAAUAUAAUUCUUGUUUGAGUGUAUGCGUUGUGGUUGUUUCGAUUACUGAUGCGUCCGCCAAUGAUGAUUAAAUCUUUAGAUGAUACAAAAAUACGAAAUACAAUUAGCCGUAACGAUGAUUAUAAUUAUGCCCUAUUGUAAAAUUAUAAACGUGAAUGUGUAACUACUACAACUAAUAUGACUGUAAAUCAUCCAUCAUGUCCACCAUCGUUCAUUCGACAUUCAUAUAACAUUCACAACUUCUUAUUUCUUCUGUUGUGUUUUUAUUUUCUUGAUUUAAUCAUUUACUACUUUGGUUGUUGCGAAAUGGUGUGUGUUAAUUUUCUACAAAGAUAUGUAUGAUAUGUGACACAACUUGACUUCAAGUCUGUUCAUCAUGUCUAAUUAACACUCAUUUUACGAUUUUGUUUCUUGUAAUUUCACGCGCGCGCACACACACCAAGUCUCACACAUUAUAAUUUCUAUUUAUUGCUUGUUUCGUCGGGUCUCUUUUGUUUUAAGUUGUGUUUGUUUUGUGUUUUGCACAUUUGAUUAUUAACAUGAUCGUUUCAUAUUUUUUAGGCGCUCGCUAACAUAAUGCCAUCGGAUCCACCCACCCCCACAACGGUUCACAUUUAAUUCGCUAAUCAAAAUACUCCACCAAAAAUAAUAUAAUCAGACAAAAAAAACAAACAAACGACAAAAGCAACUACAACAAAUAUAAUUAAUAGUGAAUACGUGUAAACAAUUUCCACCACUUCAUCAAAUUAAAACCAAUCAAAUCAUUUCGACUAGGGUUAAAAUUCAACACUUUAGAGUUCGAUCGAAUUAGCUGUUUUAUUAAAAUAUGUAUAGACACACACUUACUAUUAAAGCUAAUACGAGUAACGUGAAACAACAAUUAAUAAAUUAUAAACGUGAAGAAAUGAGAUUUAUAUAUAUAUUACAUAUUAAUGCUAAGGAAACUAAACGGAAUAAUUGAUGAAACAAAUAUUGUAUUAGCGGUACGGAUACGAAAUAUGCGCAUGUGCAACCGUGCUAAAAACUGAGCGUUUGCACACGUGUUGCAUAUUUUAAACGUUUAAGUCCAUUUUUAUAUAUAAAAUAGUCACAACAUGAAUACUAGACAUGUGUAACUGUUACACACUCUAGCGUACGAUGUGAGUUAGUCCAACAAUAAUAAUUGCGAGCGGAUGUGAAUUGCACCACUGUUGUCGAGCGUUGAAGCGAGCGUAAGGGUUUAAGUAAUCUAGUAUAACUUUAAUUUAACAAUUAUAAAAUUAUAAUUUAAAAUAGUUUGUUAUUGAAUUUAAUGCUUAGGUUUUAAUUACAUGUAAAACACAAUUAUUGUAAAUUACUGAUAGAGAUGACUUACGACGACAACAACAAAGCAAAAUUGGCGUCUCAAUAUAAUUUUUUCAUCUCUGAUCAAAAGAAACAAAUUUCAAAGUGUGUAAUUGUAAUUAAUGUAUGGCGUGAGUGCGUGUGGAUGAUGAUAGGGUGAAUCUUUCCGUCGCCGGACGUCGACAAGAUGGCUGCCGAGUGGGUUCCGUUUGCGAAGCGAAUUCGUGCGAUUGCAAGUCUGGCUGUACUAUUUAAUAUUAAUAAACACUAUUAAUAUGAUAACUAAUUAAAAAACUAUUGCAUUACGAUGAUGAUAAUGCGAAAUAUGCAUACAAUUUAACUUUAAUUCUUACACGAAAUGUACAUCCACAAUGAUGAUGGAUUUGAUUGUUUCUGGCUGCAUGUGUAGCAAAACAUAAGACGAUGAAAAACAAAAGAAAAUGUGCAAAAAAAAAUUAAAACGCAAAGAAAAACAGUAAACGACAAACGAAAAAUCGACAAAAAGAAACAAAUUAUCAAUUAUAUAAAUAUAUUUAAAUUUAAGUGAAGAGAUGAGAGUGUUGUCCCGUUUUUUCUUCAUUUCUUCAUGAAGAUGAUUUAGUUUACGUUUGUCUAUUUUUUACGUGUAAGGGUCGAAUGCUACGGCCAUGUUUUUUUCGAUUUCAACGGACACGAUACCUACCUGAUUAUGUCGUUAGUUGAUUUCACAAUGAUGCUGAGUCGAUUUAUUCUCACAAUUUGAAUUGAUUAACGAUUACAUGUAUUAUAACUA